UUACUUACCUUCAAUGUUUGACACCAUGUCUUUUUCUGGAAAGUACCAGCUGGAGUCUCAGGAGAACUUUGAGGCUUUCAUGAAGGCCAUUGGUCUCCCUGACGAACUCAUCCAGAAAGGCAAAGACCUCAAGAGUGUCUCUGAGAUCGAGCAGACUGGUGACCACUUCAAAGUGUCCGUCACCACUGGCUCCAAGGUCCUCACUAACACCUUCCAGAUCGGCCAGGAGGCAGAGCUGGAGACGCUCACUGGGGAGAAGGUUAAGGCGACGGUUCAGCGUGAUGGCAACAAGCUGAAGGUCUGCCUAAAGGGAAUAGAGUCCGUCACAGAACUGGAUGGAGACACAAUCGUCAAUACUAUGACUCUUGGCAGCAUUGUGUACAAAAGGACAAGCAAACGCAUCUAACUGUCUGCACUUGGGAUAAUAAAUGUUGAAAAAAUAACUGCUAUCUUGAGUUCUUUU